AUGUCUUUUCGUGGCCGAGGCGGCGGUGGUGGCGGCUUUGGAGGUCGUGGUCGUGGGGGCGGCGGCGCUCGAAAUUUUGGUGGAGGCGGCGGGAGAAAUAGUUUUGGUGGUCGCGGGGGCGGCGGGCGAAACUAUGAUCAAGGCCCUCCUGAGAGAGUGAUUCCUUUGGGCUACUUCGAUUACACCGUACAAGAUGAUUUAGUUGCUAAAGUAGAAAUAGAAGACGUUCCAUUUUUCAAUGCGCCGAUUUACCUCGAAAAUAAGGAACAAAUCGGAAAAAUUGAUGAAAUUUUUGGAAAUCUCAGAGAUUAUUACGUUUCGAUACGUCUCGGAGACGACAUAAAAGCUAGCAGUUUUAAAAAGAAUCAAAAGUUGUUUAUUGAUCCUGCGAAGUUGUUACCACUUCAAAGAUUCCUACCGAAGCCCCCAGGCUCAGUCCAGAAACGAGGCGGUCGAGGGGGAGGUCGUGGGGGUGGCGGAGGCCGCGGUGGUGGCAGAGGGGGCGGCAAUCGCGGCGGGUUUGGAGGAAGAGGAGGCGGCAAUUUCGGUGGACGUGGGGGUCGUGGGGGCGGCGGCGGUUUUAGAGGUGGUCGUGGGGGUGGAUUUGGCGGCGGCCGAGGAGGGGGCGGCGGCGGCAAGAGGUGGUAGACUUGAAAUUGUGACCAAUGUUUUUUGUGGUUGGCAAUUGUUCCAUUAAGUGUAUGAAAUUUUUAUUACGAAAAUAGAUCUAUGAAAAAUAAGAACUACAGGUUAUUUCAAAUUUUUGUGUGAAUAUGUCAGCAAACAACACGAAAUGGAUGGUGCCACUGUUUGACAAAGUUAAUAAAUAAAGAAUAUUUAAAAAAAAUUUAAA